AGUAGGUGGGGCUUUUGGCAUUUGCGUGGGAGCUCUCCAAUGAGACCCAGAACAGGACAAAGCUCCAGCCUUCUGGUUUUCAUAACACUGGCCCCCUCCAGUAGGGCUGAGGCAUGGGAGGAGCCUGCCCAAACUCAAAUAAACUGACAUGCAGCAUCUCUUGAAGAUGUGCAGUCUCCACAGGACACACUGCAACAGCUCGGACAAGGACAGCUGAAACUCUCUGGCAAGAUGAUCAAGUCCUUCAAGCAAACAUUUCUGUCCCUGGACCUGCAGUCCCCUCGGUGGAGCUCAGCAGAGGCAAUGGUGAAGGACUAUGAACUGCGUCAGUAUGAGACAGCAAAGUGGGUCAGCACAGUCAUUAGGGGAGAAACCCAGAAGGAAGCAAUGCGCCAGGGCUUUUGGAAACUCUUCCACUAUAUCCAGGGAAAGAACGAAAAAGAAAUGAAGAUUGAUAUGACUGUGCCAGUGACCUGCCUGGUAAAAUCAGGCUGCACAGACUUCAAGAUUUCUUUCUUUGUGCCAUUUGAACACCAGGACUACCCCCCCCAGCCCACUGACUCUGAUGUGUUCAUUGAGGAACGGAAGGCAACAGCUCUCUUUGUCCGGUCCUUCGGUGGAUUCGCCUCCCCAGAGAAAUAUGCUGAGGAAGCAGACACCUUGGCCAGAACCUUAAGAAACAGAGGCCAACCAUUCCACGAAGACUUCUUCUAUACUGCGGGCUAUGACAGUCCCUUCAAGCUCUUCAACAGGCACAAUGAAGUGUGGUAUUUUAAAAAGUAACACGAUGGGGGAAUAUUAAGAGGCUACCAAUCUGCUCUGGAUGAAAACAGACCUUAUUAAUAGCUUUUGCUUUAGUGCAGAAAAGAUUUAAUUUGCAUGUGGACACAAUGUUUAAUUUAUUUUCUCCAGGAUGAAAUACUAUUCUGGCUAAAAACAUGUCAAAAUGUAAUUCAAGAUCAUACCAGGUGGAAUGGGCAGGAGAUAUAACAUACUCCUCUUGUUGAAAGGUUCUAGGCAACUCUAAUAAUCUGAAAAUAAUCCCGCUGAAGUUUGGGUAUCUAGCUUUACUUCUCAUUAGAAGUGCUACAGCACUAACUGAAGCAUUACGGAAAUUGAGUUCUUCAUAACUAAUUUUCCUCAUAUUGACAUCACCCCUGAGAUCAAGGAGGAAUUUAAAUGAAACUUUAGAGAAGAAAGCUUCCACUAAUGAGUGGAAGCAGAAACAUCUUAGCAGGCCUUAGUAACUCAUAAGAAGUAACUGUUGUUAAUUAGCAUAGCAAAAUCUCCGCACUCUUCACUGAACUUUUUUACCCCCUCAUGAACACCAAACAUUGUGUUGCUUAAAUUCCAGAACCCUUGGAAAAGGGUUACCAACUCCAAGCUGUACAUGUUCUGAGAUUUGCACCUGAACACGUAAUACCAGGAUUACUGGUGACCUAUUAUUUCAGUAGCAAAUACACAAGUACUAAGCUUAGCUCUCACCUAAAACACUUGAACUACUCCUUUAAUUAUUUAGCUUUCUCCAGAUACAGGUAUUGCUCAGAUCACCUGCAGCCUGCACACCAGCAGUAUUUGACAUUUAACCUAGUUUAGUCUCUGCUCUAAAUUAAGCAUUUUAAAUUUUAUUAUAGUAGCCUGGAUCUGUUUUACAUCAAGUUGUUCCAGCCAGAAAGGAGGUCACAACACCAGGUAGAGUUUGCAGAUUUUUAUUGGCUCCAACCAGUGUCAGGCAAACAUUAUCAGUGAGGUGAAAACACAUCAGCUUUUCUAAUGCUGUUCAUGCAAGUGUAACCCAUUUAUCAGCAAUGUUCCACCUAUUAAGACAGACAUAAGAACCAUUGUCAGGUACCAAACCAGCACAACACACUUUGCUGGGAACAUCUCAGACCUUAGAAUUUCAUCUCUGUUCAGUGAGAGAGUUCAAGCUAAGGUUAUCAUCACUUGUUCCAACAAAUACAUUUCAUUAUUACAGCAGUUACACUCACUUUCUCAAUUCUUCAUACAUUAGUUUCAGAGUUUUGCCUCUUCACCUAAAUCAAGAAAACACAGUUAGCAUAUGCAGCAGCACAACUGCUAAAAUCUCCACAACAGCUUCGUAACCUCAGAUGGAAAAGGAACGGAAAGGGUAAUAUCACUGUAACUCAUUUGGCAGAAUCAAUUUCAUCAGUGGCUACAAAUAUGCCCAAAAGUUUUUAAUACAAUUUAUCUGUUGUGUGGACUUACCCAGUGGGGCUGCAGACAGCACAAUCCCUUCCUGAGGAAGAAAGAAGUACUUUCAGAGUUAACAGACAGCAGCACUAUAUGCACAGUUUAUUUAUCUAUGAAUUUCUAUUCACCAAACUAUUCUAUCUAGAAGGAAACUGACUUUCAGCUGGCAUCUUACGAGUUCAACUUCCAACACCCAAAUAGGAUGCACAAAGCUUACAAAUCCUAACUGGAAAUACAGAAUUACUAACAUUGGAAGAAUCAGGGAAAAGUAAAAAGCUACUACUUUGCAAUACUCUCUCCCCCAACGUUGUAUUUCAUGAUUUUAAAUACCUGAAAUACAAGUCCUAUAGGUUUUCAAAAUGGCUUGAAUCUUUGUGAGAGCCAGUUUGGAAACAAGUCUGUACAGCAAUCAUCUAGAGCUAAAUUUGUGUAGAGCCAAUAUAAAGAUUAGUAGUAAAAACUGCUGAGAAGUGACAGCCACAACACACAGGUUUUUUAUUUUAAUUCCAGAGUGCAGUGUUACAGUGGUGUCCACAGAGCAGCCAGAUACAAUAAAGGGACAAAUCAGGUAUCCUAUAGGACUAGUUUUAGGUACCACUAUCUAAGCAUUCAGCACAAAGACAAUAUUCCAGGAAUUAUUAAACCCCAUGUCCUCUACACUUACCUCAGAUACACCCAUCUUGUUUCUCACACAAACUCCAUGCAAGUUUCACCCUGUAGAGAAGUGAAAUUGUACUAACACACUCUUGGCAGUGAUUUUAGACUGUGAUUGUGGGUACUGUUUCAGCACAAGAGUUUUCCUCAGCCUCUUUCAGAGAGAUUCCCAUUGCUUAGAAUUCAUCACAAACAGUACAUGCUUAGAGAAGCUUAAUGUUAUAUCACUUGUUUCUCCUUAGAGGGAUCUGACCUUAGAAUUUCAGACCUUACUCCCAAUGACACCUUCAUUCACUCUGAGAGCUCUGAUCUAGCCAUCAAGAUAAAACAAUUCACCACAUAAGCAUUCAAGAUCAGUGCUACUGCCUGAAAGAGUCCACUAAAUUUAAACAGCAAAAAGUUUAAUAGAAAAUAAUUGUACUGCAUUUGCUCAGCCCAGAACGCGUGGCAACCUGGUAGCAGACCUUGUCUUAUCAAGUAGGAAUUCAAGUAGUCCAUGGCAGCUAUACAUUUAAAAUGGUCCCCACUAUUUCUUUUUAGUCACAGAAAGCACCUUGGGUGAGUGAAUCCUGCAGGCUGCUGGAAAAAUCUGUGGGCUUUUUUUUACCUGGUUAAGGUAAAAAAAUCAUCAAGAACCCUGCUUAAUGCUGCAGCUACAUGGUAAAGCCCAGGAUCAAGCAACUUCCCCAUUCCCUGCAUCACAGUUCUAAACAGUCACACUCACGUGUUAGCAACUUACUUUUGCUGGCAUCACUUCCCAGCUCCAUCACACCUGGAACAAAGCAAACCAUCAGGACAGUACAAAAACAAGCACAGGAGGAUGAAAUCCAAGUCAGGUGCCUGCAGUCAGAUAGAGCUAAUUACAGACCUCCAUGAUUGAAGUCAAGGCAGUCAUAUCUCAUCACACAGGCAGUUUACACUGUCAGCCCCUGCACAGCCCUGCUAUAGGGCUAGGCUGCUAUGGGCAAGAGAGCAAAUACUCAAUUAGUGUUAUCAGAGCCAAUUCAAGAGCUCACAGUGAAGAGUUUAGUACACACCUGUCAAGACUGGGCUCCAGCCAGCAGACCCCCUUUAAAACAUCCUCCUGUUUUGGCUGAAAUGCAAGCCACAGCCAAUGGGCCCCUUUUGCCCCUAGGUGACAAGCAGUUAAAUACUUAACUUACGGGCAUCCGUUGAAAUCCUAAUACUUGGGAAGCUAAAACAAGUACUUACCUUACAAUGAGAAAUAUUUGGAAGCCUGCAAAGAAAAAUUUGCUAUUACGCAGGGUCCAGCAGGAAGUUACAGCAUAAGAACAGUUCCAGUAAAAUACUGUAUCAGUUUGGUCAAGUUUUAUCCUCAUGGGGAUCAGAGACCUGAUUCAACAUCAUUUACAGUAGGCUGCAACACUCCCAUCCCCUUCUGAAGGCAGGGUGUAAAGCCAUUUCCCAGCACUCUUUAAUACUGUGACAUGUUCAUUCUCCAACUCCAGAGCAUGCUGAAAUUGCACGAAGGAGCAAACCUCACAGCUGCAGAGUUCAGUAAUGUGAGCUGAUGCACAACUUGGUUGCACAAAGUUUCAGACACCAAAUUCACAGUACUGCCGCAUUCACCAUUUAGUUUUAACAGGAAAAUUCCAGAGAUCCUUAACACUACAAUUAUUUCAUGCUCUUAUCAUGAAACACAGGACCCUGAAGGCACACUUACAGUACUUAUAUUUGCCUCACACUUUCCAAAAACAAAAUUAAUUCACAAACAUCUCCAAAAGCAAACUCCCAAACACAAAUGCACCACAGACAAAAGUAGCAUCCAUCUUAAAAGGUUUAUUAGUUACCUUCAAUUAGGAAGGCCUUGUCUUCACCAACAUCAGUAACAGGUGAAAUAGUUUUUCACACAAAAGGAAUGGGGCUCCUCUGUCCACAACAGCCUGCAAAGCAACAAAACGCUUUUAGAACCUGGAGCACUAACACCUAAUUAACCUUAUUCUGCUAUAUUUUGUGUUUGACUUCACAACUAUAUCCUACUCUCUUUCUAUUCAUCCUACUAAAUUUUUUAUGUUUAACCCACUUACUGGUCUUCUGAGAUAAAUUUUCAAAACGCAUUCAUGGAGCAAAAGGAAGUGUUUCACCUUCAGCUUCCCAUAUGAUUUGUUUGAAGUAGCCUAAGCUACAGGAGGCUGCAUCAGACAGGAGGCGAAAGACGGUAACUGUGAUCACCACGAGUCAUCUGCUGAACUAUGCAGUCAUCACACAGCAGCCUUUUCAGACAGCAGGGAUGAAAUUGAGUUUUCACAGAUGCCAGCAGUGCAGUAUUUACCUCGUAUCAGCUUGUAGCUUAAUCUCCCAGUGCCUGCAACAAUAGAAAACAGAAUCAGAUCCCUUCAGCCUUUGUGGCCAAGCCCACAAGUCUCCUACUGAGAGACCGCAAAAGCCAGAUACAUCAGAUAGGGGCGAAGGACAGAAGUGUUCAUCACAGGAUAUUCUGCUGAACUAUGCCAUCAUCACUGUAUCCGCUUUGGAAUCAUAGUACCAAGCAAUCACCUCUUGUGACUGCUUUGGCAAGUAAAUUUUCCCAAUAAUAAAAAAAAAUAUUUAAAAGUUUGAA